UGAAACACAAAAAACAUAAAAAUAAGGAAACCAAAGACGUAAAUGUUCAAUUUAACCCAAUUUUGUUCUUAUUCUCUCUCUUGCAAUGACAAAAUGCAGACACUUCAACUGAUCAAAACCUCUUUCCCCUCUCACUAUAUCUAAUCACAUAACGGCCUCUUCAGAAUUUCCAGACUCUUAAGCAACCCCCAAAAGAUGAGUUCCAAAGCACAACCAAGUCGCUGGCAUGUGACAUGUCCAUUUACAAACCCGUGAAGAAGAAUUCAACGCAGGAAUCAGAGAUUCAUGAACCUUUUUGCUCUGUUUCUUGUUCUGGGUUUUGCUUCGAUUUGAAUAAACCAGAGUCGAUGGGUUAGAAGAAUAGAAUCUAUAGAUACCUUAAACGAGUUUUCACUAAGCAACCUUUUUGGGUCGGUGAAUAUGUGUCGUGUUUCUGCGUUUGUCUAUCAAAAGAUGUCUCUUUUUGCUUGCUCCGUCGGGGUCUCUGUCAAUGCUCUGUUGUUCAUUCUGCUCGGUCUCAUCAAAAAAAUCAUGUACAGAUUUCAUGGUGACGACCUUUUGGGGGAGACAAAUUCAAAUUGCUUAGAAAAUGGUUCUGAAGAAACCGGAACAGAGGAAGCAGAACCAGAAGUUCAUAAACUUGAGGAUUCAAAAGAGAGUGAUGAAGUCCAUGUAAACGAGACACCCAAAUUCGUCUUCAAGUUUCUAUUUCCAAAUUAUGAGGAAUUCUGCACAAAAAUCAAUACCGGAAAUGGUGAUUCUGUUGUCUCGGAUUCGGUGUCAGAGAAGCCCAUGGAGGGAGCAAAUGAAGUUGCUACCAGUACUGGGACCAAUGGCUUCUUUUCUGAUAAGAAAUUUGUGCAACAACAAGAAUCAGAAGAAAAAGCCAAUGGUGACGAUAUAAAAGAGAAUUCUGUUAACUGUGAAGAAUCUGUGACAGAGAAGAAGGAGGAGGCUAAAAUAGCACAAAAGGAAUCUCUUUCUCUUUCAGGGGAGGACGAUGCCGCCUAUGAAGAGAAAAACUGUUCUUGUAAUGAUGAUAUCUCGGAAACUAAUCAGUUUCUAUUACAGGAGGAUUUCAUUGCAUCUGAUUUCGACUCGGAUUCGCCAACUUCAAGCCAAUUUAUUGGUUCAAGCAGUGAUGGGUUCCUGUCCGAUACGGAAUUCGAAGAAUCUUCUGAGCUUGAUGAGUUUUGUGGAGUAGAUAGAGAUGUAAUGGAGGAGCUUAAUAAGCUAGAAGAAGAGUCUUGUGUUGAAGAUAAAGGCAAAGGCAGUACCGAGAAUUCGAAGGAGUUAGAGUUUCAGAAAUCAUCGGCUAGUGAUUCUGAGGAUUCUAAUGAUCUUGAAACAUUGUGGGAACACCAAGAUUUGAUAGAAAAGCUUAAAAUGGAGCUUAAAAAGGUUAGAGCUACUGGUCUUCCUACAAUACUUGAAGAAUCUGAGAGUAGUCCAAAGAUAAUGGAAGAUUUGAAGCCGUGGAAGAUCGACGAGAAGAUCAAUCAUGAAGAUACAAUGAGUGAGCUUCACAAAUUCUACAAAAGUUACCGGGAACGUAUGAGGAAGUUCGACAUCUUGAAUUACCAGAAGAUGUAUGCAUUAGGCUUUCUUCAGUCAAAGGAUCCGUUUCAAGCCAUGUCGAGCCAAAAACCGUCAGCUCCUGCAAUGAAAUCGCUUCUGUCACAGAACUUCAAGCUAUGCAAACCAAAAAAGUCUGAUAUUGAUCCAACCAUGGAUUUCAUUAAAGAAUUGCAUGGUGAUUUGGAAGUGGUGUAUGUUGGGCAGUUGUGUCUUUCAUGGGAAAUCCUUCAUUGGCAAUACGAGAAGGCGCUAGAGCUGUGGGAAUCUGAUCGAUAUGGUUUACGCAGAUAUAAUGAGGUUGCAGGUGAAUUUCAACAGUUUCAAGUACUUCUGCAAAGAUUUAUAGAGAAUGAACAUUUUGAAGGGCCAAGGGUACAGAAUUAUGUCAAGAAUCGAUGCGUCUUUCGUAAUCUGCUUCAAGUUCCAGUUAUAAGAGAGGACAUGAAGGAUAAGAAGGGAAGAAGAAAAGGAAGAGAUAGCGACGCCAUUUCAGGUGACAUGCUAGUAGAGAUAAUGGAAGAAACUAUAAGAAUUUUUUGGCGAUUUGUUCGAGCAGAUAAAGAUGCACAUACUGUGAUUCAUAAGCCGCGAAAGGGAAGUAAUCUAGUAGAACCACAAGACCCUGCAGAGUUAGAGCUUCUGUACGACGUCCGACGUAGUCUUCAAAAGAAGGAGAAGAAGCUUAAAGACAUAUUGAGAAGUGGAAACUGCAUACUGAGGAGAUUUCAAAAGCAAGAAGAGGACAGUUCAGAUCAAGUCCUUUACUUCUUCUCACAAGUAGAUAUGAAAUUAGUGUCGAGGGUUUUGAACAUGUCGAAGAUAACACCAGAUCAACUUCUCUGGUGUCGCGGUAAAUUAAGCAAGAUCAGUUUUGUUAGCCGGAAAAUGCAUGUAGAACCAUCAUUCUUGCUAUUCCCAGUUUGAUAAAUAGUGUUCAGCUUCAGUCUUUCUAUAUCGUUUAUAGAGGAAAAUUUUGGAAUGA